AUAUACACGUUUGGUUAAAAUAAUGAUUAAAUAAGUUAUGAAAAAAAUAUAAUAUAUAAUUGGUUAAAUAAAUAUAGUAUAGGAUACUCCGCGUGAAUAGCCAGUUUGUGUUGUGUAAUUAACGAAAACGGAUAUGGAUAAUAUUAUUAAGAUAGUGACAAUAUUAUGAAAUAAAAUAUAAAUUUUAUAUUUUUUUAUUAUUAAUAAACAUUUGUACUGCUAUUUAGUAACAUAAUGUCAACAGAAAAUACGAGAAAACAACGGAUCGUAAAUAUUCUCCGUAAAUUUAAAUUUGAAGAAUUAGAAGAUGCUGUACUACCAGUUUUUCCAGAGACAACGUGGAAUCAUGUGAGGUCUCAGUUGAUAAAACAACAUGAAAGUUUUACAACUGUAAAAGUUGCUGCUGUUUUAGAAAAAAUAAUAAUUGAUAGCAAUAUACGAGAAAAAGAAUUAAGACAACGAUUAAUGAAAUUAGAAUUAAUUGACAUAAGUAGACAUAAACGAAAACAAUGGUUUACUUAUAGUGUAUCAGGCUCUAAUAAUGAACCUCUUCAUAUUGGGACUGCAGAUUUUAAACAAAGUGUAAAAGAAAAACUUAAUAAAAAAGGAUUACGGUCUACGAAAGUAGAAGUUGAUGCCAUAGUUUUUAAUGGUAUAUUGUAUUUAAGUAUAAAAUAUAUAAAGAAAGAUAAUGUAAAAGUCCCAACAAAUUAUUUUGCUUUAUUCUUGGACCAAAAGUAUUUAUUUUCUGCCAAAAAAGAUUCCUCAAAACAAUUCUUAGAUGCCAUAACACAUUGUAUGGGCUAUAAUAAACACAAAAGUAUUGAUUUAAAAGGUAAAGAUCUUAUGUCAUUAAUAAGAUUACUUCGACUACGUAUGCAAGGUGCUUUAAGUGCAGCAGAUAUCAUAAAUACAACAACAUAUCGAGAUGCUCAACCUAUAAUUAGAGAUACAGGUGUAGAUUAUACACAAGAAAAACACAGGAGAAAUUUUACAGAAAACUGUUUUGGUAUAAAACCACCAACAUUAGAUACACUUGUUGUUAGGGGACCAAAUAGUUCUGUUAGUGAUAGAGAAAUAGCAUCACGAUUAACAAAUGAUAUUAUUCAAGUAGGGUGGGAAUUUCGUAGCGAAAAUGUAAUUAUGUUUUUAACAACUUUAUUUGAAAGAGGAAUACUUCUUGCUCCUUUACCUCCUUAUAUUUCAAAUCUUAUGUCAAUGGGAAGGAACGUGUUGACCCUUGAGGAGUAACAGUUUUGUAAUAUUUAAAAAAAUUAAAUGAUAUUCAUAAUAUUGUUUUAUAAUAUAUCAUUUUCAAUUACAAUACUAUGAAAUUAAAAAAUACAAAAGAAAUAAAAUAUUAUAAGCUAUAUAAAUAUAAUACAACAAAGUAAUAAAUAAUUUUUAAUAAGUUAUACUUUUAAAAAUAUAAAAAAUAAUAUUUAAAUUUAAUACUGAAUGACAAAUCUCAGACAGUUCAAGUUUGUAUAAAAUUAUAAUUAAUAUUGACAGUGCAAAUUAUUCAUAACAUCAUUUUACAUAUCAAUUAUUUAUCAUUGUAGCAUUUAAAUAUUUUUUUCACUUUACAUCAAAAAAUAUUCUGUACAAAUAAAGCUUAUUUUUAUCGCAAUUUGUAUAUUUACCAUAGAGAUACAAAUGAAUACACAAAACAUAACGAUAUAAAAGAAUAAAAUUUCAUUACUUGUUUUUUAAGCCUUGUUUUUCUAAAGAAGAUUAAAUUCAGUCAACAAGAUUUUGUUUAUAUUAAAUAUUUUGUUGGUGAAUGUAACACAUCUUGAUAAGUAUGUGGUAUUAAUUUUGAUAUGUAGAACGUUUAAAUAAAUUUGCACUAAUAAAAAAA